AUGAACAUGGGAGGCGGCGAACCCGAGAAGCCUGCACUGGAACAAUUUGGCAUUGAUUUGACAGCCAAAGCUCGGGAUGGUAAGCUGGACCCUGUAAUUGGGAGAGAUGCCGAGAUUCAGCGUACGAUUCAAAUCCUAUCACGGCGGACCAAAAACAACCCGGUUCUCAUCGGAAAUGCCGGAACCGGCAAGACGGCCAUCCUGGAGGGAUUAGCAUUGCGCAUCGUGCGGGGUGAUGUUCCGGAGAGCGUCAAAAACAAGAGAGUCAUCUCGCUGGAUCUAGGUUCGCUGAUUGCCGGAGCCAAGUUCCGAGGCGACUUUGAAGAGCGCCUGAAGAAGGUGCUGGAUGAAGUUCAGAAGGCGGAAGGCCAGGUGAUUCUCUUCAUUGACGAGUUACAUACCCUCCUGGGACUGGGCAAAGCCGAAGGCUCCAUUGAUGCUUCAAAUCUGCUCAAGCCGGCCUUGGCCCGUGGUGAAUUGCAGUGCUGCGGCGCAACUACCCUCGCCGAAUAUCGUGUUAUUGAAAAGGACGUGGCGCUCGCCAGACGCUUCCAGCCCAUCAUUGUUAGUGAGCCAACCGUAGAAGACACCAUCAGCAUCUUGCGAGGUAUCAAGGACAAAUACGAAGUCCACCAUGGUGUCCGAAUCACUGACGGUGCUUUGGUGGCUGCGGCUGCCUUGUCCAACCGAUACAUCACGGAUCGAUUCCUCCCGGAUAAGGCCAUCGAUUUGAUGGACGAGGCCGCAAGCCACCUGAAACUACAACACGAAAGCAAACCCGAGGACAUCAUGAGGCUGGACCAUAAAAUCAUGACAAUUCAGAUCGAACUGGAGAGUUUGCGUAAAGAAACAGAUGUCGCAAGCAAGGAGCGCAGAGAGAAAUUGGAGCAAGAUUUAAAGAAGUAUUACGACGAAAUUUCGGAGCUCAAUGCGAGAUGGGAUAAAGAAAAGUCCGAAAUCGAAUCAGUCAAGAAAAUCCAGGAGGACCUCGACAAGGCCAGAUUCGAGCUCGAGCAGGCGCAGAGAGAUGGAAACUUUGCUCGAGCCUCGGAGCUCCGAUUCGGCGUCAUACCCAACCUCGAGCAAAAGUUGCCGUCUGACAAGGAAAGCCAGCAAGAGACUGCCGACGGAACUCUCAUCCACGACUCGGUGACAGCCGAUGACAUUGGCAAUGUCGUGUCCCGCAUCACCGGCAUCCCCGUCUCGAAGCUCACUUCGGGACACAUUGAGAAGCUGGUUCACAUGGAGGAUAUUCUACGGGAAUCCGUCAAGGGGCAAGAAGAUGCCAUCAAGGCCGUUUCCAACGCCGUGCGGCUGCAGCGCGCGGGCCUUAGCGGCGACAAUCGCCCCCUGGCCUCAUUCUUCUUCCUCGGACCGACUGGUGUUGGCAAGACUGAGCUUUGCAAGAAGCUCGCCAACUUCCUCUUCUCGACCGAGUCUGCCGUCGUCCGGUUUGACAUGUCCGAGUUCCAGGAGAAGCACACCAUCUCUCGACUCAUCGGCGCCCCAUCCGGCUACGUUGGAUACGAAGACGCAGGGCAGCUUACCGAAGCUGUCCGUCGCAAACCUUAUGCCGUUCUCUUAUUUGACGAAUUCGAAAAGGCACACCGCGACAUCUCCGCCCUACUUCUCCAGGUCCUUGAUGAAGGUUAUCUCACCGAUGCCCAAGGUCACAAGGUCGAUUUCAAAAACACCAUCAUCGUCCUCACGUCCAACCUAGGAGCAGACAUCCUCGUCGGCCAAAACCACCUCCACCCAUACAAAGAGGAUGCCAACGGCGACAUUGACCCAUCAGUCCGCCAGGCAGUCAUGGACGUAGUCUCAUCCGCCUACCCGCCAGAGUUCCUCAACCGCAUCGACUCAUUCAUCAUCUUCAAGCGGCUAGCCCUGAGCGCCAUCCGCGAAAUCGUCGACAUCCGCCUCAGGGAGCUUCAGCAGCGUCUAGACGACCGGCGCAUCACCCUCUCUAUAUCAGACGACAUCAAGGACUGGCUAGCCGAGCGAGGCUACGACCCCAAGUUUGGAGCCCGUCCUUUGAACAGGCUGAUUACAAACGAGAUUAGCAACGGACUUGCUGAUAAGAUCAUCAGAGGCCAACUCAAAAUGGGAGAAACGGCCCAAGUCAGAUUGAAAGAUGACAAGGACGGAUUGGAAAUCGUGAAUGUUUCCGAGACGACUUAA